AUGGUAAUGAUGAUGAAGAUGGUGAUGAUGAUGGUGAUGAUGAUGGUGAUGAUGGUGGUGAUGAUGAUGAAUAUGGUGGUGAUAAUGAUGAUGGUGAUGAUCAUGAAGAUGGUAAUGAUGAUGAAGAUGGUGAUGAUGAUGGUGAUGGUGAUGAUGGUGGUGGUGAUGAUGAAUAUGGUGGUGAUAAUGAUGAUGGUGAUGAUCAUGAAGAUGGUAAUGAUGAUGAAGAUGGUGAUGAUGAUGGUGGUGGUAAUGAUGGUGAUAGUGGUAACGAUGGUGAUGAUGCAGAUGAUGAUGGUUGUGAUGAUGAUGAUAAUGUUGGUGGUAAUGAUGGUGAUAAUGAUGGUGAUCAUGGUAAUAGUGGUGAUGGUGGUGGUGGUGAUGAAGAUAGUUGUUGA